AUGGACACUGACAAGAUAGAAGCCGAUGGCUUAGAGCCCUUACAGGACCUACUGGAUCAGAUAGACGCAGUCAACACGCGACAGGACUAUAUGCAACUCGUAGCACAACUACACAAGUUGGAGAUAGGCGUCGUGUUUGGAUGUGGUGCUGAGGCUGACAUGAAGAGCAGUGACGAGUGUAUCAUGUGGGUAGGCGAGGGCGCUCUGGGACUGGGCAACCGAGAGUACUACUACGAUGAAGACA